CUUCCAUCAGAGAGGCACAACGCAACUUCCAAACAAAACAUUCACAACAACUUAAUGGGGAUCACGAGCCACAUUGCUAUGUCCUCGUCUGCCGCAGCAGACGCAGUUGCCCCCGAGAAAGCUGAUCAGUCGCCCGUGAAUCAAGAUCCUGACCCAGACGUCAUGGAAUCCAAUCACGACCUGCCAGCACGGACAAUGGCCGACGCAGACAAGAAAGAGCAGACACAACUGGAGAAGGACGAUCCAGCUACCACUGCUGCCAGGGAAGAACUGAAGCACACAAGCAUCUCGGACAGAAUUACUCCGACCAGUCGAGUCGAACCUCCUAACACUGAAGCUGAGCCCGAAGCUGAAGAUAAGCCCAUGGAAGAGAGAGCCAACACACCCGAUGCUGAGCCCAGCGACGCACAAGAUGAGGAGAUGAGAGAGAGGUUAUCGUCGCCGAAGAAGAAACGAGGUCGAGACCAAGAUGACGAUACUGGCAGAGAGUUGGACGAUGGCGAUGGCGACAAGCAAGGAUCCGCAGCCGAUGGCAGUGUCUUGAAUGGUAACCGAACAAUACGAUCCGGGCCAGAAAAGAAGCGCCCUAGGGACACAUCAGAGGACGAGGAGCUUUCAAAGAGUGCAGAGAAGGCUGCAGGGGAAAAGGCCGGCAUAUCUACGAGUCUGGCAGCAAAGGCAGCAUCUACAGAUAAGGAAGAAACCACCUCACAAAGAUCCACUUCGGGCGGCAGCAAGCCACAAACAUCAAAAUCUGCAUUUGCGAGCUCUGGCUUUGCAUCUUUGGCGAACACUAGCACAUCUCCGUUUGGCAGCCUUGGAGCAAGCAAGCCUAGCAUAUUCAGUUCGGGUGCUCAACCGGCUACAUCUGGCUUUGGUGCAUUAGCAGCAAAAUCAUCGAAUACAACACCUACGACAACCAGCAGCGGAUUCGGAGCUUUGGCCGGAGAUAAGCCUGCCACCGGUUUUGGCUUUGGAAGCGGUACGACUUCAGGAUUCGGUGGUCUCUCUGGCGGAAGUGCUUUCGGAUCAAAACUUGGUAAUGGCUUUGCAGGGGGGGCUGGUCCGAAAUUGUCAAGUUUUGCUGCCCCCGGGAAGGAUAACGAGAUCAUAGGGAGCAAGCCUGCCAAGGCAUUCGGAGCUCCAGAGAGUGAUGAGGAUGAGGGAAGUGACGAAGAUGACAGUGAAGGGGACGAGAAUUCCGAUGAGGACGAAGGUUUCGCAGAAGAGAAAAAGAAGUCCAAGCUUCACAAAAUCCAUAUUGAAGAUGGAGAGGCUGGCGAAGCAACUCUCCUGCAAUUGCGUGCUAAGCUAUUUGCUCUUGACAAAGAAGCUGGCUGGAAGGAACGAGGAGUCGGAACACUCAAAAUUAACGUCCCGAAGUCUUGCGUCAGCUAUGAUGAAAAUGGCCAACCAAUACCGGGCUCGUUCGAUGCAUCAGGACUCGAGGACGAAGAUGCUGAUCCAAAUGCGCCCCAAGUCGCUCGUCUCAUCAUGCGCCAAGAGAACACGCAUCGGGUAGUUUUGAAUACCAUGAUCGUCCGAGCGAUGGAGUUCAAGCCCAAGUCAGGUUCAAGCGCGGGUCAACUUAUGUUUACGGCUUUUGAAGGCGAUAAGGAACUCAAGCCCAUAAACAUGCUGCUCAAGAUGUCGGAACCAAAUGGCAAGCUUUUCAAAGAAGAGAUUGAAUCCAUUCAACAUGAGCUUUAAACUAAGCCUUACCAGAGGACAGAUAAACCACUACUUUCGACAUACAACUGAUAUCACCGGAGUCGAUUUCUUUUGUCCUAGAGAUACAUGAGAUGUGUAUGGUGGAAUGGGGCUUUUUCAGUACUAUUGGAGUGCUUUUGAGACAGGAGUUUUUAGGCAUAAAGCAUAGCGAAGGAAAACGUAAGGACGGGGACGGCAUGGCUUUGACAGUGUGUAUACCCAUCACGCUCUCCGAAUAUGAUACCAUGCUUGGACGCAAAAUACCACAGAAACAAGUAAUGGACUGGUU